GUAUAAUACCAUGCAACCGUGCUAUGUACUCCAAGGUUGAAUUCGUUUAAAUAUUUUCCCAUGUUUUUUGAUAGGUAGGAACUUUGUGUGGCUGCGGCAUGGACCUGACUAAUAACCUGCCGCUGUAAUGCCGCUCGCCCGGCUCUGAAAAACGGAUGGAGCCGAAUCAAAUUCGGAGGCUCGGAACGUUAAACCAUACAUACCUAUGUACAUAUGUAACUGCAAUUACGGGUUUGCGCCCGGAUCACUUGUUGCCACUUCCUGAACUAGACUAAAAAUAUUCACCCCACCAAAAUUUCUACGCCUAGGAAAUCUUCAAUUCAACUUACCUAAUACAUGUGAGAUUAAUUUAGGUACCUACUACUACCACGGCUGCUAGAUUCUUCAAGACGUAACAGUCCUUGACGAAUUUGCCAUUGAAAGAAUUGCCGCCUAUCAUGGGUGUCACAAACAAGCGUACGCUGUCCAAGACCCGUCGCAAGACGAGGGACCUAGAUCAGAUCAAAGCCGACCUCCUCUCGCCAAAGCAUCUUGCCCAAUUCAAGAACUUAAAGGCGCCAGAAGACCUACCUGCCCUAGGAAAAUGGUACUGCACCGAGUGCGCAAAGUGGUACGAUACUGAGGAUAACCUUGUUGUACACAGAAAAGGAAAGCCUCACAAGAGAAGAGUCAAGCAGCUUCGCGAGGAGCCAUAUACUCAGAAGGAGGCCGAGGCUGCUAUUGGUCUCAGAACCGACAACCAAAGCCCCCACCGAACCGAGAGCGUUACCGAUAACGAGAUUACCAUGUCGACAUGAACGACUUGAUCCCA